AUGGAGUCUUCUGGUGCUUCGGUAGCUAGCACCGCAUACGGCGAUGGCUCCAACUCCGUCGAGAACCGGGGACUGCUGCCACGGUCGAAAGAUGAUGCCAACUACGAGAGGCACAGUAAGCCCCUGAAGGCUGGAGAGUUCAAGCUGCUGGCGUCUACGGCAAGGGCCCAACCAGGUGCGGCCGGUGCGCUAAACGUGGUAUGCGUCAUUGAAGGCAUAGACAUGCAGCUCGUGCCCGCCAGUUUAAAAGCGCUACAGUCCGACUUCCACUGGGCUCUGCAGGAUCUCGACUCUCUUGUUUUCUAUCAGGAAAGCCUUUCACCUCCCUCUAUUCCUUCCGUUGGUCUUAGCGUUUCACAGGCCAUAUCAGGACUCUUUUGGGGACUACUGGCCGACAGAACACCGCGCGUGCGGCUUUUAUCCGUAGGCUGCGCUGGUUGGGGAGUCGUGGCGAUAUUUUUGGCGAGCUCCACCUUCUUCUGGCAGUUCGCUCUUCUGAAAGUGCUUAACGGGGUGGCCAUGGCCAGGUGA